AUGAGGCUGUCCAGAGCCUUCGCUUGGCUGCUGCUGUGCAGUAUAGCCACAACUGUUAAAGCUCAAUUUGCCACAGCACCCAGUGACUGGGGCCACUACACGGAUGAAUAUGGCAGGAUCUUCAACUACGCUAGGCCGAAAACUGAAUGCGUCUGCAUCAUCGAGUUGAACCCCGGGGAGAUAGUCACAGUGGCCAUUCCAGACCUCAAAGGAUUCUCAUGUGGCAAAGAAUACGUGGAAGUGCUGGAUGGACCUCCAGGGUCUGAGUCCUUGGGCAGGAUUUGUAAAGGCUUCAGUACAUUCUAUUACUCUUCUUCCAACAUCAUCACCAUCAAGUACUCCAGAGAACCCAGUCAUCCACCCACCUUCUUUGAAAUAUAUUACUUUGUUGAUGCUUGGUCAACAUAUUAA